GCUCUGUUCCAGGCGAGCGACUCCCCAAACCCGACAAGGGCAAGAUGCGUUUCCACAAGAUCGCCAACGUCAACAAGGCCCUGGACUACAUCGCCAGCAAGGGGUCAAACUGGUGUCCAUCGGAGCUGAGGAAAUCGUGGACGGCAACUUGAAGAUGACCCUUGGGAUGAUCUGGACCAUUAUUCUCCGCUUCGCAAUUCAGGACAUCUCUGUGGAAGAAACCUCGGCCAAGGAAGGCCUCCUGCUGUGGUGCCAGCGUAAAACUGCUCCGUACCGGAACGUCAACGUACAGAACUUCCACAUCAGUUGGAAAGAUGGCCUCGCACUGUGCGCCCUGAUCCACCGGCACCGACCCGACCUCAUCGACUACUCCAAACUGAGAAAGGACGACCCCAUCGGCAACCUGAACCAGGCCUUCGAGGUGGCCGAGAAGUACCUGGAUAUCCCCAAGAUGCUGGACGCUGAAGACAUCGUGAACACCCCGAAACCGGACGAGAAGGCCAUCAUGACGUACGUGUCCUGCUUCUACCAUGCCUUCGCCGGAGCGGAGCAGGCUGAGACUGCAGCCAAUAGGAUCUGCAAGGUCCUGGCCGUCAACCAGGAGAACGAGAAGCUGAUGGAGGAGUACGAGAAGUUGGCUAGUGAGCUCCUGGAGUGGAUCCGCCGCACCAUCCCGUGGCUAGAGAACCGGAUCCCGGAGAAGACGAUGCGGGCCAUGCAGCAGAAGCUGGAGGAUUUCCGGGACUACCGGCGUGUUCACAAGCCACCGCGCGUGCAGGAGAAGUGCCAACUGGAGAUCAACUUCAACACCCUGCAGACCAAACUCCGGCUCAGCAACCGUCCCGCCUUCAUGCCCUCCGAGGGCAAGAUGGUGUCUGACAUCGCCAACGCCUGGAAAGGGCUGGAACAGGUGGAGAAGGGCUACGAGGAAUGGCUGCUGACCGAGAUCCGGCGGCUGGAGAGGCUCGACCACCUGGCCGAGAAGUUCAAGCAGAAGUGUGCGCUGCACGAGGCGUGGACCGCAGGGAAGGAGGAGCUGCUGAGCCGGAAGGACUACGAGUCGGCCUCGCUGAUGGAGAUCCGCGCCCUGACGCGCAAACACGAGGCGUUCGAGAGCGACCUGGCGGCGCACCAGGACCGUGUGGAGCAGAUCGCCGCCAUCGCACAGGAGCUCAAUGAGCUGGACUACCACGAUGCAGCCACCGUGAACAGCCGUUGCCAGGGGAUCUGUGACCAGUGGGACACCCUGGGCACAUUGACCCAGAAACGGAGGGAUGCCCUGGAGCGGAACGAGAAGCUCCUGGAGACCAUCGACCAGCUGUACCUGGAAUUCGCCAAGCGUGCGGCUCCCUUCAACAACUGGAUGGACGGAGCCAUGGAGGAUCUUCAGGACAUGUUCAUCGUGCACAGCAUCGAGGAGAUCCAGAGUCUGAUCACAGCCCAUGAGCAGUUCAAGGCCACGCUCCCCGAGGCAGACAAGGAACGAAUGGCAAUUCUCGGCAUCCAGAACGAGAUCAGCAAGAUUGCCCAGACCUACGGAAUCAAACUCUCCGGAAUCAACCCCUACACAAACCUGAAUUCCCAGGAGGUGGCCGGCAAGUGGGACAAGGUGAAGACUCUGGUCCCUCACAGAGACCAAACCCUUCAGGAGGAGCUCGCGCGCCAACAGUCCAAUGAACGCCUGCGCCGACAGUUCGCUGCCCAGGCCAACGUCAUCGGUCCCUGGAUUCAAACCAAGAUGGAGGAGAUUGGCCAUAUCUCCAUAGACAUUACGGGCUCCUUGGAGGAUCAGAUGAACCACCUGAAGCAGUACGAACAGAACAUCAUCAACUACAAGGCCAACAUCGAUAAGCUGGAGGGAGAUCACCAGCUCAUCCAAGAGGCCCUUGUUUUCGACAACAAACACACCAGCUACACAAUGGAGCACAUCCGUGUGGGGUGGGAGCAGCUGCUCACCACCAUCGCCAGGACCAUCAACGAGGUGGAGAACCAGAUCCUGACCCGGGACGCCAAGGGCAUCAGCCAGGAGCAGCUCAACGAGUUCCGAGCCUCCUUCAAUCACUUUGACAGGAAGAGGAACGGCAAGAUGGAGCCUGAUGACUUCCGAGCCUGCCUCAUCUCCAUGGGCUACGAUCUGGGAGAGGUGGAAUUUGCGCGGAUCAUGACCCUGGUGGACGCCAACAACACCGGUGUGGUGACCUUCCAAGCCUUCAUUGACUUCAUGACCCGUGAGACCGCUGAGACAGACACAGCUGAGCAAGUCAUGGCCUCCUUCAAAAUCCUGGCUUCCGACAAGAACUACAUCACGGUGGAGGAACUGCGACGGGAGCUGCCCCCAGAACAGGCUGAGUACUGCAUCAGCCGGAUGACCAUCUACACCGGCGCCGACGCAGUCCCGGGAGCACUGGACUACAUCUCCUUCUCCAGCGCGCUCUACGGAGAGAGCGACCUGUAAACCUUCCUCCAUCCCCCACUUUGCCACCCCCCACCCCUCCCCCCACUGCCGUGUCCGUCCGCUUUGCCCUCCUCUGUUACGCUAACCCAACUGUGGAGACCGUCACCCACUGCGCGUCUCGAAAUGUCUUCCCCCGACACCUCGUCCCCCAGGGAGAAUGGCCUGGGCGGCGUUCGAAAGAAAUAGACCACCCGUGUUUUGGAUCACUGAUUGCAUGCACGGUUGGAUUGGGAAGGGAGGUGGUGUAGGGAAGGGGAGAGGAUGUGCUGGACGUCCCACCUCCCUUCUCUCCGGUGGGCUGGAAAGGGGGAUGACAGUGGCAUCAAUGGGGACACCCUCUUCGCCAUCUUGGUGGCCAAGGAGUAUUUCUUUAUCGCCCUCCUUCCCCGUUGAGGGGGGGGGCGGGUGGGUGAGGGGAGAAGAUGGCAGUGGGGGCUCUCCCUCAGUCCCUCACCCCUUUGCCUCCGAGCCUCGAGGUCCCAAGCUCGAGGUGGUGAGCAGCACCACCCAUCGAUCCUCGCCCCUCCCCGCCCUCCUCCACCCCCCACCCCCAAACACAACCAUCUCAUUCCGUUGGCCUCUUGCUUCUACAUGUAGAUCCUCUUCCAACCAGCCCCAAGCCCCUCCAACUUGUAUUUAUUUCUGAGAGUCAGGCUCAAGGUGAUUUGAAACUCUCGACCCGUGAGCUGAUCCCUCGCCUGGUUUCGAGGAGGGGAGGGGUGGGUGGGGAGUGUCCUUCUAAACCACAGAUUGUAAGCGGAGAUAAUAAAACACUCCUUGAAAGUACCUCCAGCCUUUUGUGCGUCUUUUUCUUCCCUUCAACUCUUUCUCAGGUGUGGGAAUGUUGUGAUCGGGGCCUGUGUCCGGACUAGGCCCAGGUGAAGCCUGGAGCUGCCUUGGGUGGGCAAUCCCAGUCCAGGACUGUUUGAGCUUGGUCUUGUUCCCCCUGCACACCCAGCCCACUGCUAAUCUGGGCUGGUGGAUGGGGCUAUGGUGGUCAUUGGUUUAUUAUUACCACGGGUACCAAGGUACAGUGAGAAGCUUUCUUUGCGUGCCAUCCAGACAGGGUGUUCCGUACAU